AUGGCGGCCGCUGCCCACGUGGGCAUACGGCCUCGCGAUUGGCCAGCGCCUCCCGGCGGCCGCCCGCGAGUCCCGAGCCCACGUGCAGCUGCUGCUCGUUCAAAGUUCGACCUCGCGUUCCAGAUGAUGUCUGAGAGCCUGCCCACCUCCCAGAAGGACCCUCACAGGACGGUGAAGACUCAGACUUCCCCCUCCAAGGGCCUGCAGCAGCUGAGCGAUCAGGAUGCCUUGGGUCAGCUGAAGACGCAGUCCCCCAGGGUCCUCCUUCAGCUGAGUGCACAGCUGGAGAACAUCUGCCACUCGCUCCAGAAGAUCCAGAAGGAUCUCCAGGAACAUCACAAGCAGGUGGAAAACCUCUUAAAAAUCAUGGAGACCUGCAGCCAAACCCUGGAUUCCCAGCCUGUCACUAUCUCACCUGGUGAUCAGUCCCAGAAACCAGCCAGCUUCGAGGCUCCCCGGCAGCCACGGCUCCAGACCCGACAGCCCUCCAACCUCCAGGAGCAGAGCUUCAAAGACGUUGCAGCCACGAGGUUGUCCGCCUGGUCACAGCAGCCCUCCCAAGCGGACGGCAUCACCACCCACCGACCCCAGCCUCGUUCAUUCUCCAGCUCCCAGCCCAGGCUUUGGCAGGAUGUUUUGACUGAACGACUCUUUCAGAUUUACGCAGGUGGCGUCCAUGUGCCAGCGGAACAGCCGAGACACGGAGCCCUCAGCCUGCCUACCUCCUCCUCCAGCUCCCCUGGGGACGCCAGAGAAAGGGGCACAGGUCUAGACAUAGCAGCAGAUGAGACACAGGAGCCUCCUGGAAUAGUGUAUGAAUUUUCGAAGCCCAUAUCCUGGGACCUCGAGGACUUUCAAGAUGACUGUAAGAGGCCGGAUACUUUCCCCUGGAAAUCCAAGAAGUUGGCUGUCCCGUACAAGCUGGAGAAGAGGCGGACGUUAGACCACGGGGAGCCCGUGCUGGCGGUAGCUGUCAGCAGCUUCACGCGGCACGCCUUUACCUGCGGCAGGCGCGGCGUCAAGGUGUGGGGCCUAACUGGUCAGAAGACCAGGGACAGGUUCCCUGUGAGCCACAUACCUGUACAGACCCCCGGGGCCUACCUGCGGACCUGUCUGCUCUUCCCGGACAGCACAGCCCUGCUCACGGGCGGCAGCAACCUGACCGGCGUGAGCUUGUGGGACCUGGCUGCGUCCCAGCUCCACGUGAAGGCCCAGCUGCCCUGCCAAGGCCUCUCCUGCCAGGCCCUGGCCGCCAGCCCCCAGGACAGCCUGGCCUUCGCUGGCUUCACCGAAGGCGCCCUUAGAAUCUGGGACCUGCGCGAUGAGAGCGUGGUCAGGUGCAGCCAGGGGUGGGCGGGCGGGACCAGGAGCAUCGUGAUCAAAGAUCACAAUGUCUGGAUAGGGGGUGUGGACGCUCACCUGCGGUGCUGGGACCUGCGCAUGGUCUCGGGGCCUCGGGAAUACCAGUUCGAGUCCCAGAUAAUGAGCCUAGCACCCAGCCCCAGCGAAGACUGGGUGCUGCUGGGCAUGGCCAACGGCCGGCAGUGGCUGCAGCACACGAGCAGGAGCGAGGGCCUCGUGGUCGCAGAUGACUGCAGCGCCGUCCUCGGCCUCAGGUUCUCCCCUUACGGCCAGUGGUGGAUGAGCGUGGGGUUGGACGACCUGAUCAGCAUCUAUAGCAUGCCUUUAAGAAAGAAGCUGUUCCAGGUUCCAGAGACUUGUGUCAGGUGCUGUGAUGUGGCUUUGAACAACCGCCUGAUUGUCGCGGGGUCCGGGGACAAUGCCUCCGUGUAUCAGGUCACAUACUGA